AUGGUGCACCAGUCUGGGGCCGGACCUCAAGUAUUCCAAAGCGCGAGUGGACAAAUUAAUGAAGGUCCAACGCCGAGCCGUAUUGCGCAGCAGCUGCGCCUACCGCACGGUUUGCGUAUUUCCCGAUCCUAUCGCAUAGCGAGUAGUUCCUCAGAGUUGCGCCAGAAGACGCUUGAACGGUGGGUGACUCGGUUAGCCACCGAAACCAAGGGCUCGUGGACGAGGUCCCUCAUAAAGGACGUACCAUCGUGGUACAACAGAAAGCAUGGCCAACUGACUUUCCACCUAACGCAAUCCCUCAGUGGAAACGGCUGUUUCGGAAAGUAUUUGUGUAAAAUCGGAAAGGAGGACUCUGAAAUAUGCCAUCAUUGUGGAGAGGCAGUGGACGAUGCUCACAACACACUUUUUGUGUGCCCGAGUUGGAGCAGUGAACGAGAGGAUGUCAUCCGGGUGCUGGGGGCACUAGAUCAAAGUACGAUGGUAGAGCGGAUGAUCGAGAGCCGGACGAACUGGGACGCAGUUGCUGAAUGCUCCUCUCGAGUGCUGAGUCACAAGGAAGAAGAAGAGCGUUACAGAAGGGGUGAACAGUCUAGACCUUAA